AUGUCCGACUCAAAGAAAUUGCAUUUGACCGCGUUCAUGCGGCCUGUCAGCUUGCAUACUGGUGCAUGGCGAUUCCCGGGAGCGUAUCCAGAUGCCAAUUUUAACCUGGCUCACCUCAAAUCAUUCAUCAGGAAGUUAGAGGCCGCCAAGUUUGAUGCCUUCUUCAUGGCCGAUCAUCUCGCCGUGUUGAACAUGCCGGUUGAGGCGCUGAAACGUAGCCACACGGUGACAUCCUUCGAACCGUUCACCCUGCUCUCUGCGCUGUCCGUGGUGACAGACAGGAUCGGACUUGCUGCGACGGCAUCAACAACAUACGAUGAGCCUUAUCAUAUUGCCCGUCGCUUUGCGUCUCUGGAUCACCUCAGUAAUGGCCGAGCGGCGUGGAAUAUCGUCACCACGGCCAAUCCCGAGUCGUCGAAGAACUUUAGUCGCGACGAGCACAUGGCGCAUAGUGAUCGCUAUAAGCGUGCACGGGAGUUCUAUGACGUUGUUACCGGUCUGUGGGACAGCUUCGCAGACGAUGCCUUCGUCCGUGAUCAAGAGACUGGUAUCUACGUUGACCCGGACAAACUGCACGUCCUGAACCACGAAGGCCACGAUUUGAAGGUCAGGGGCCCGCUUAACAUUGCGCGGCCCGUCCAAGGCUGGCCUGUCAUCGUUCAGGCUGGACAGUCCGAGCCCGGGCGACAGUUGGCUGCAGAGACGGCCGAAGCCGUCUUCUGCUCCCCGCGGGACCUCGAGUCAGCCAAGGCACUGUAUGCGGACAUCAAGGGACGCGCAGUUGCUGCAGGGCGCAAUCCCGAUCAUAUCAAGAUCCUCCCAGCUGCGCUCAUCAUCAUUGCGGACACGGUUGGGGGAGCCAAGGCGAAGCGUCUUAAGCUUGACAGUCUCGUCCACUACGACAGCGCCAUUGCGUCGUUGUCGGUCAUGCUAGGAACGGACGCAUCCGGGUUCGAUCCGGAUGGACCACUGCCAACGGAUUUACCAGAGACAAAUGCGAGCAAGACCAGUCGUGCCGGCGUGCUUAAACUGGCCGAGGAGGAGAAGCUGACGGUUCGACAGCUUGCGCAGCGGUUUGGUGGAUACGCCGGGCUUGCAUUUAUUGGGACUCCCGAGACGGUCGCAGGUGAACUGGGGACUUGGCUGGCUGAAGGAGGCGCUGACGGGUUCACGGUUACUUUUCCUUUCCUUCCUCAGGGCUUGGACGACGUUACGGAGCGGUUGGUGCCUGAACUGCAGCGUCGUGGUCUCUUCCGCCGAGAUUAUGAGGGGACCACAUUGCGGGAGCAUCUCGGUCUCCCAAGGCCGAAGAAUCGCUUUUUCUGA